GCACAGGAACAGGUCCCACAGUUCUUCUCAGUGCAGGGUCGUUCCUGGCAGAAACUGGACCAUGACCGGAAAUAGCAUGGAUUUCAAGAUGGACGCGAUCCAGGUGCACGAUGUACCCGUAGAAUUCCUGGAGCCUCCCCCCAUGGACUUAGAGGAGAACAUAGCCGCCGAGGGCGAGGUCACGGAUGACCCUGCAGAAGACGUUCCUGACCGCCAGCAGCAGCCCAUUUCUCCAAGUGACAGCCUCCGGGCCAUUUUUACGCCUCCAAGCAUGGAAUCUGGUCUUUGCCAUCCCAAAGUCCAGAGUGGCCCAGACCAUGCAGAAGAUCCCAAAUGGUCCCAAAGCUACACAGAUCUGGGGGUCAAAGACUCCAGCAGGAACCCCAUGGAGGAAUGCGCCGAGCUGGGUGCCCAGGAGCACCGGGAAAGCGAGGCGACAGAGCCAGUCCAGGCUUCCGAGGUGGGGAGCAGACCCCAGGACGGCGUUGACCAGGACGAACACCUCAUGGAGUUAGAGGAGGCAGCCGCGGGCGAGGACUCCCCAGAAUCUGAGCAGUUCCAGCUCCAGGGCCUACUUGCCCAGCUACAGCGACUCAGCCCGACUUUCCACGACAGCUCGCCCACCUCUGAAGACGGUCUCCUCCCUGGCUCCAACGGCGAAGAGGGGCGCGUUUUCGGAGGAGAAGGAGGCCCCCUCCUGGGGCCUGCGGGGUGCCAGGGGCGGCCCGGGGAGUGCGCCCCUUGCCCGCUGCACAUUGCCACAGGGCGUGGCUUGGGGGCGGCUUCCCGCCGGCUCCUCCGGUCCGCCCACGGGCGGAAGGGCCGUGGGAGCCGUGGGCUGCUUUCAGCCGACGCCGACAGCGAGGAUCUGCUCAGCUUGCUCCGCUACGAAGGGGGCCUCCCGGCGGAGGUCAGCGGCCAGCUGCCCCUGGCCCGCUCGGACGCAGUGGCCGGGACCGGCUGCCAGGGGGCGCAGGGCGAAGAGAGGGGGGUGGCGCCAGAGACUCCCGCAGCGCCCUCCUCGUGCGGCUCAGACAGAGCGGACAGGAAAGGAGGCUGCCGGUGGGUUCGUCGAGAGGGGGGCGUCCUGGAAGAGGGAGCCUCCUCGGACUCUGGUUCAGGCGCGCGGGGCUCCCCCGAGCCAGGUUGGGCGGCGGUGGCGGCCCCGGGAUCAAGGCCUGCGGAGGAGCUGUCUCCCGAGUCGGAUUUGUCUAAUAAAACCGAUUUGUCGUCCUUCCCGGCUUACAAGGAAGUCCCAGGCCCCUGCGAGCCCGAGGAUUUACUGGACGGGGUGAUCUUUGGAGCCAAAUACCUGGGGUCCACGCAGCUGGUCUCCGAGAGGAACCCCCCCACCAGCAUCCGCAUGGCUCAGGCACAGGAAGCCGUGGACAGGAUUAAGGCUCCAGACGGAGAGUCGCAGCCCAUGACGGAGGUGGACCUCUUCGUCUCCACGCAACGGAUCAAGGUCCUGACAGCCGACUCCCAGGAGGCCAUGAUGGACCACCCGCUCCAAACCAUCUCCUACAUUGCGGACAUUGGGAAAAUCGUGGUGCUUAUGGCCCGUCGGAAACUCCCUCGCCGGGCAGACACCUCCGUCGAGAAACAGCUUUACAAAAUGAUCUGCCACGUCUUCCACUCGCCGGAUGCCCAGGUGAUAGCCCAAGCGAUCGGCCAGGCCUUCAGCGUGGCGUACCAGCGCUUCCUGCGCGCCAGCGGCAUCGACCCUACGCAGCUCAAUCCUCGGCAAUGUGGCGACGAGGACGACGAGGACGAACCCCCAGCCGAGGGGGAGGAGGAGCUGUACAACGGCGAUUUGGCCCACUUCUCCAAGCAAGAGAACUGUAAGGAAGUCAUCAUCUCUAAACAGAAGGGGGAGAUUUUGGGCGUGGUGAUCGUCGAGUCUGGCUGGGGAUCCAUCCUGCCCACGGUGGUCAUCGCCAACCUCAUGCACCGGGGGGCGGCCGAAAGGUCGGGCAAAUUGAGCAUCGGCGACCGGAUCAUGUCCGUCAACGGGACCAGCCUGGUGGGGUUGCCCCUGGCUUCCUGCCAGAACACCAUCCGGGACUUGAAAAGCCAAACAGAGGUGACCCUAACUGUGGUUCACUGCCCGCCCGUCACCACAGCCAUUGUCCGGAGGCCUGACGUAAAAUACCCUCUGGGAUUCUGCGUCGAAAACGGCAUAAUCUGUAGCCUCAUGCGCGGCGGGAUUGCGGAGCGUGGCGGCAUUCGCGUGGGCCACCGCAUUAUCGAGAUCAACGGGCAGAGUGUGGUGGCCAUGCCCCACGAGAAGAUCAUCCAGAUCCUCACUCAAGCGGUCAGCGAGGUCCACAUCAAAACCAUGCCGGCUUCAACGUAUCGCCUCUUGACUGGCCAGGAGCAACCCGUCUUCCUCUGAAGGGAGAAGAAAUGAUCGGCGCGCCCUUCUCCUGUCUCAGUUUAACGGGUUCAAUGCACCCCUUUCCAUCUUGAACUGACUUUUGGCUCAAGAUCCCUCGCCUUAACAGGGUGAGCUCUGCAACCCACACCAGCUUGCUUUUCUGAAACACAUCAGCCAGUUUUUUUUUUUUUUUUUGCUUACCUGCGAGUCGUGUUUGGGGUUCACGGGAGGAGUUGAGAAGUUACCUGUCUCAGCUAGGAGUCAGUUCCUGCGCUAGAGUUUAAUGAAAACCGGAAGAGCAAUCUUAGAAAGUGGAAUUCUUUUUCUUUCUCAUCGCUCCCAGUGGCAGAGUCCUGCAAUAGGUUACACUGUACCACUUCAGGCUGCUUGUGAUGGUGGCAGAAGUGGGAUACAUUUAUAUAUGUUCCUGCGCUAGAGUUUAAUGAAAACUGGAAGAGCAACGUUAGCGGAAUUCUUUUUCUCCCUCAUCGCUCCCAGUGGUAGAGUCCUGCAAUAGGUUACACUGUACCACUUCAGGCUGCCUGUGAUGGUGGCAGAAGUGGGAUACAUUAAUAUGUGGCAAUGUCAAACUCGCAUAGCCGGAUGUGGACAGUGAUAAAUUUGAGGUGGUUGCAAGCUCCCUCAUUGCAACACAGGGACCCAUUUAAAUAUAGAAUCCCAAACGGCUCUUUGAAGUGGUACAGUCCUUUUGCAGAUUUCAUCACCUCUGUUGACAUUUGGGUAGACUAGAACUCACUCACUCUCACGUGCCCCCGAAUCCAUCUCUCUCCCUGGCCUUGGCAAAGAAAUAAAAACAAAACCAGCCUCCGACAUUUGGAACUUACAGGGCCUACCAGGCCUGGCCCAGGUAUGAAGCGGGUACGAUCCACCGCUCGCUCGCUCACUCCCUAUCAGCAUGCCUGCCUGCCUGCUAGCUUAGUUUUCCUGGCCCGGAUACAUGCGCCUGCCUCCCCAGCAUGUUGGUCUUCAGGUGUUUCCUCCUUCGGGAGAGUUCCUGGGACUUCCUGGGUUUCUCGCAAUCCUUUGCCCGACUUCACCCAGAUGCCGAACGGCUCUUUGAAGGCAGAAACACUUUUUGGGAAGCGUGAUGGCGAGGCAGGUGCACGCAUGGGCACCGGGAAAGGUAAGCUGGUCACCAGGCAGGUGAGGCCAGCUGGGUUGGAGGGAGCACCAGCAGAGCGUGGCCAUGUGGGGGGGCUGCCGCUGAGUCAGGAAGUGGCAGAUCCUCUGGGGGGCGCCGCUCCUCCUAUCCUCUGCCGCCUGCUGCGCACGCUUCGUAACGCUUCAUAGCAGGGCCGUCCCUGGGGCCUACUAGGAUACAAGAUUAGGAGUUCGUGUGAGGAACGGGUUACGCUGUGACCGAGGUGCUAACAUUAUACCCAACAGAGAAAGAGAGAAAACGUCAGUGUUAGUUUUGACAGACAGGCGGUGCUUAACGUGUUGGGUAAACUAUUAGGAUAGGACCUACUUGGUUGGUUUUCUGAACCUUCCAGCAAUCUCCAACCAGUCCAGGGCCAGCGUCAAGGUUGGCACGGCCAGGGGAAUUCAGGACAAGGAGUUGCACCUCCUCAUCCUUGUUGCAAUCUGCUGGUUCACCUGCCUCUCGCUCCGGCCCAGACAACAGUGGUGGUGAGAAGGAGGAGAAGGAGACCCCACGGCCUUCUCGCUCCCAGGAUCUCUGCCUGACAAGCAAGGAGGAGCAGGAGCAGAUGGUAGCCAUGGUGAUGGGAAGGGAGGGGUCUUACCAAAGGGUCCUCCGAAACCUGGGACCACCACACUCUGGUCCACGAACACACAACGCUCCGAGCAAAAGGGGGAUCCUUAUCUCUCGGCGGGCCGCUGGGUUGCCUCCCAAAUUUCUUCUAAUCCAGUGAGGGGCUUUAAAGCAAUGCUAUGAAGGCAAGGCAAAUCUGCACAACACUCAUAUACAAAAUGUGGCUUUCGGAAACUAAAACAACUCCCCCCCCCAAAAAAAAAAACCCAAAUCCCAUGCGUAUAGGUGGGAUCACAGAGGCGAUUCGGAGUUAAACGAUCCCGAAGUAGGUAUUUUUGCAUAAGGCGGUGAAGCCAGCUCGGUGCCCCUCCAGGUUUUGGAGAAUUACAGCUCCCAUCAACUCUGACUGUUGGCCAUGCUGGCUGGGGCUGAUGGGAAAUGUAGUCCAAAAUAUCCAGGAGGGGCGCCCGGUCACCUGUUCCUGUGUUAGAGCAUCACUGGGACAUUCAGAGGACAGGCGGUUUGGAAACUGGGUUGGUAAAGCUACAUGUUUGGGCCUCGCUUUUCCUGGUCCGCUCUGGGAAAUGGGUGCAAUGCUUUUACACAAAAACACACACCUCUGUUUCCUCGUAAAAAUCAAGAGGGAACACCCAAUUGUCGUGGUGGUUUUUAUUUUUUUGUUUCGUUGUUUGCAAUGGAAGUAAAAAAUAAACGCCGUUUUGGUUCUGUUGAA